ACUGCGCAGACCGUCAAAUCGACCUUCUGAUCAUCAUCAUCAUCAUCAGCACCACCACCUCCACCUCCACUCAUCUCGCACUAUCCUCUCUCUCUCUCUCUCUACCUGCCCCAUCGCUGUGUUGUUCUUUCCUUUGGCAAAGCACCGCCACCUCUGACCCACCACCACCACCACCACCAACCACCACCAACCACCACCACCACCACCCACAACUAAGCGAUGUCUCGCCGAAGCUACUCGUCAGCCAGCGCUUACGGCAGCGGCAGCGUCUCCCGCAUCUCCUACUCCAGCGUGGGCAGCGGUUAUGGGGGCAGCGGAUUCGGGGGGGCCAGCGGCGGAGGUUUCGGGGGGGGCUCCUCGUCGGUGGGGUUCAGCAACUUCAACGUGAGCGGUCUCAGCGGCGGGGACGAGAAGCUCGAGAUGCAGGGGCUCAACGAUCGCCUGGCCGGGUACAUCGAGAAGGUGCGCUUCCUGGAGGGAGCCAACCAGGAGCUGGAGCUGAAGAUCAAGGAGCUGCUGAAGGGCAAGGGGGGCUCCUCCAAGGACUACAGCGCCUACUACCCCAUCAUCGAGGACCUGCGGGCAAAGAUCCUGGCUCAGAUCCUGGAGAAUGCUCGAAUCAGCCUGGAGAUUGACAACGCGAGGCUGGCAGCUGAUGACUUUCGCAGCAAGUGGGAGACGGAGCUGGCUCUGCGCAGCUCCGUGGAGGCUGACAUCAACAACCUGCGUGGACUGCUGGACGAGUACAACAUGGCACGCAUGGGCCUCGAGGGCGAGAUCGAGAGCCUGAGGGAGGAGCUGAUCUUCCUCAAGAAGAACCACGAGGAGGAGCUGGCCGCUCUUCGGGCUCAGCUGGAGGGCUCCUCGAUGUCUGUGGAGGUGGACAGCGCCAAGGGCAAGGACCUCAGCAAGAUCCUGGCAGAGAUCCGGGCUCAGUACGAGGCCAUGAUCGCCAGGAACCGCGUCGAUCAGGAGGAGGCCUUCAAGAAGCAGGUGGACACGGUGAAGGUGGCCUCCGUUCAACAGAACCAGGCAGCCCAGUCGGCCAAGAACGAGGUGGUGGAGACUCGACGCUCCAUGCAGUCGCUCCAGGCUGAGCUAGACUCCCUGCGCGGGCUGAUCCGCUCGCUGGAGCAGCAGCUGCAGGACACGGAGGAGCGCAACGCGCGGGAGCUCUCCGGCUACACCAACGUGAUCCAGCGCCUCGAGGGGGAGCUCAACAACAUGCGUGGAGACAUCAACAGGCAGCUCAAGGACUACUCGGACCUCCUCAACAUGAAGAUGAAGCUCGAGGAGGAGAUCGCCACCUACAGACGCCUGCUGGAAGGGGAGGACAGCCGACUGAACGUCAGCCAGAGCUCCAGCGGAGGGGUCAAAAUGUAAUGGGUGGAAGAAGAAGAACCCCCAAAGAGCUCCACGCAGCUCGGGGGAGAACG